AUGCUCGCAGCUGUCGGGCAGCCGGUGCCCAACACCGAGCAUGCGGUCAGUGUCUCACUACCGUCAUGGAAAGCCACGGUGGGUUACGAAGAAGGGGAAGAGUGGGUUGUAUCCAAGAUGCAAACUGGAUACCCAAGAUUCUUCAUCCAUCUAACCAUCCAGGAACUGCAAAAGGAAAUUUUGAGUCUUUACGGCAGUGCUGGAGAGAAUGUCAUGCUCUUCCCGUCUCUCGCGACCGCGAAGAGAUGUCAGAAAUUCUUCUACGACAAAAUUGAAGGUCUCGGAGUCGGUGCCGUGCACAUAUUGUUCCUCGAACCGGUCAUCAACCGAAACAAGAGCCACGAGACCACGUUUUCCGGCCUGGCUUGUGUUUUCUUCCCCCAGGACUAUUUCAGCGUGGCCAAACAAGUGUGGCAGCACUCGGGGGAUGGAAUUUCGAGCCGACGAGGCGAGUUCUGCCUCAAGGCUUUGAAAGAUGGCAUUCUCAAACCGGUCGUAGAGCCCAUGAAGCCGAAACACGACGAGUUAUACACCAAGGGACCGCGGCGAUAUCAGCGGCCAACAUCUCAAAGCGGCAUCAUUCACUCCCAUGCGGGCCCUGGGGAGGUGACAGUACAACACGACGCAGCCACGACAGAUGGAGUGGAGGACAAAGACUAUGCCCAAUUCGUGGAGGAGCGAUUCGGCAGAAACCUCAACAUUAAGCUAGCUUCGAAGGCUAAACUCGCCAUUCGACGCAGAAUUAGCGGCUGUCUUAUCGACGACUCAGACCUGGAUCAGGCUCUAGCCAACUCACCCCCAAACCGUGAGGGCCGGCAAAGAGGACUCUCAGAAGAUGAUGUCUAUCUCUAUCCAUGCGGAAUGUCCUCGAUCUUCAACACGCACCGCAUCCUCCUAGCCAACGCGGCUUCUCACGGCCGAGAACCCCGAAAGAGCAUCUGCUUUGGCUUCCCGUACAUCGACACCCUAAAGAUCCUCGAGAAAUGGGGACCAGGGUGCCUUUUCUACGGCCUGGGCAGCUCAGCCUGCCUAGACGACUUGGAACGCCGCCUCGAAGCCGGCGAACGGUAUCUUGCCCUCUUCACCGAAUUCCCCAGCAAUCCUCUCCUCAACUCGCCCGACCUGCUCCGCAUCCGCACAUUAGCCGACCAAUACGACUUUGCAGUCGUCGUCGACGAGACCGUGGGCAAUUUCAUCAACAUCGACGUACUGGCCCACGCGGACGUCGUGGUGAGCAGCUUGACCAAAGUCUUCAGCGGCGACAGCAACGUCAUGGGCGGCAGCGCCGUGCUCAAUCCACAGAGUCGAUGGUACACGGAGCUCAAGCAGACCUUGAGCAGAGAGUACGAGGACAACUACUGGGCCGAAGACGCCGUGUUUAUGGAGCGGAACUCCCGCGACUUCAUUUCGAGGAUCGACCGGAUCAACAUCAACGCCGAGACCAUUGCGUCCAGACUGCGGUCCUGCCCCUUCGUCAAACAAGUCUAUUACCCGCGCUACAGCCCGUCACGACCCAACUACGAUGCCUGCCGCACCCCGAACGGCGGAUAUGGCGGAUUACUGUCUGUGACGUUCGAGCAACCCGAGCAAGCGGUAGCAUUCUUCGACGCGCUAGAGGUCCAAAAGGGUCCAAGUUUGGGCACGAAUUUCACGCUCGCGUGCCCGUACACGGUCCUGGCGCAUUACGUUGAGCUGGAAUGGGCGGCGCAGUGGGGCGUGGAGCCGGAUUUGGUUCGGCUGAGCGUUGGACUGGAAGAGCCUGAGGAUUUGUCGGAGAGGAUAGAUCGUGCAUUGAAGGCUGCCGAAAGGGUGAAUGCUUCAGACAUGAACGAGAAUAGAUGA